AACUGCACAAAACAUAUACACAUUGUCACUUUAACCAAUAAACACAAACCUAUUUGUGAUAGUACAACGACGAAAACUGAAGCACAACUAAUGCCAUUGUAAAAUUUUAGGACUGCGAGGUCAUCUGAGGUCAGCGAGUUGAUCGUAUGUUCGAACUCAGUGUUCCGUAGAAGAUACCACCACUUGUACUUAGUGAGGGGAGAAGUGUACAUAUAUUUCUUUUAACCAUAAUCAACAAUUUAAGCUUUUGUGUUGAAAAAGGCAACCCAUGUCGUCAUUUAUCAUCUUAUUUUUUAUCAAAGAAGCGUAUAAAACGUAUUCCAAAAUUCGAAUAUACUGAUGUUUAUAACCGGUGUCCCUCCGCCUAAAUGGAUCAUGCCAGAAGCGACUGUUGUCAAGGGGAUCGAAGAAUAACAUCGAACGUUCGAUCUGAGACAAGUACAGAGAAAAGCAACACUACUGUUUAGGUUGAAUACUUUUCGUCAGAUUUUUGCCAUGAGGCACAAGAGAAAGCCCCCUCAGGACGUCAGACGCAGACGUCCGGUCCUACUUAGUGAAAACUCGACACGGUUUCCGCCGAGAGAGAAUGGGCAAGGCGACAGAAGCAGUGUGGGAGACAAGGAAGAAAACCCUGCUUCUGCAGCAUCAAAAGCGUUUGCAGUCACCGUUUUCUGUAUUUCACUCCUUGGCACAAUCAUCUGUAUGUGUCUUCUACCGAAAUACUUCGCAGCUGACUUGAAAACACAGACAAACCCCUUCAUCAACGGCUUCAGGCAAGUUCAGGACGCAGGAGAGGACCUCCCCCCAAGGAUAAUGAAGCUAUUCCAAGCACGUUGGGAAUUCGAAAAAGGAAAGGCGCCAAACAAACCCCUAACUGUGACAGCCCAACAGAACCAUGGUGACGAUGGCGACGUGAGUCAACACAAUCAUGACCAGACCUCUGAUGUUGUAGAACUGCCAGUGACCGGUGGAUGGCGGUCUUCUGAUGCGACACAGCUAAAGGCAAUGGAAAAAUCCAAAUGUCAUUUUGACGUUAGAUAUGCUGCCAAUCUCACCAAAGCAGAAUUCGCAGAGACUUAUCAAAACAAAGAGCCCCUGCUGCUGAAAUUUUCUGGUGGUGCACAAGAUUGGACCGAUACGACAACGUGGACCCGUUCAGGGCUGAUGGGGAAAUAUGGGGAUCACAUGGCUGAGUACGGCUACGAGGAAAGCAUCAACUACAACGGUGGAAGGGGGAUGGAGACGAUUGCUUUAAAAGACUACGUCCAAGUUCAUAUAGAUGUGACCAAUGCCUCGGGAUCGGACACGCCCUACAUGGUCGACAGCGGCCUACUGAAAUACCGAGAGCUGCAGGAUAAAAUCUAUGUACCGGAGUAUCUGCAAUACUUCCAAAGGCCGGCAGGGCUGCUGAUCAUCGGUAGAUCCGGCCUGGGUCUUGGUUGGCAUGAGCACGGCGACGGUUGGAACGGCGUUGUCUUUGGAGAGAAGCACUGGUAUGUGUAUAACCGGUCGGUAGUUCCACCUGGCCUGCACAGGUACGAGCCAGCGGACUGGGAGAAGUACGUGUACAAGAAGCUGCCGUCCCACAGACGCCCACUGGAGUGCACACAGGAGGCUGGUGACAUAGUUUACAUCCCCCAAGGUUUCUAUCAUAGCGUUGUGAAUGUGGGAGAAACCAUAGCCGUGUCCUUUAGAGAAAACCAAGUGACUCCAUUACCCGGCCAAGUCCAGUUCGUGGAGGCCAUCACAAAAUUUGAAUCGGAGGAAGCUAUCCGCAAGGGGGCGGAUGCACUUAGAGUGAACAACGUUCAUUAUCACGGAAACCCCCUCCCUGAUUACGCUGUUGGAAUGUUCCAUAUGAGGAGCGGUGACUACGAAGCCGCUUUGAAGAAUUUUCAGGCAGCUCUCGCAGUGGAUCAUUUCAACCUCCUCGGAUAUCUUGGUGUUACUGAUGCACUAUCAAAGCUGGGACGUACGACCGACGUGGAGAUGUACUUUGCAGAAGCCAUGAAUACACACAAAUCGUCUGUACAGUUAUAUGAAGAGUACGGAAAAUUCAGACAGGCCCUAGGUGACCUGGGGACCGCCAUACACGCGUACGAGACGGUUUUGGAACGACGCCCUGGUAGGGAGGACCUCUACAGGAAAGUAUUAGCAUUGCAGAAAGAUUUGGUCGAGACUAGUUUUGACUGAGUGAUACCUCGUUAUUAAAGCAUAUUGUCAUUGGACAAGAUAAGCUUUUUCCCCGCUUGUUUCAUCUCAGCGUUUGUUGCCAAGUUAAGUUGCUGAGGUCGUUUGAACUGUCGAUUAAUUUCUGAUUAAAUGUAGAAUUGUUAAUGGUUACUGCCAUAUCUAUUGUCGACAAUGUGUGCCUCAGUAUCAUCAUCAUCGAGCGUAUUUCAAUGGAUGGAAGAAUGUUACUGAUUUAGCUUCAACCAAGAGUACCGUAAUGUGUUAAAAAUCAAGUAGCUUCCAGGGAUCUUUGACUCAUCACCUAGUCACAUGUUCUUUGGGUCACAUGAUCACAGCACUUGGUCAUUCUAAUUUGUGUUUAUGAAUGUUGAAGUUGUUUAUUUGUGUGUGAAAAAAUUAAGGUUGAAAAGAGAAAAUUAGAUUAAACACAGCCCAGGUUAACCGUUAUCUGGUAAUAUAUAUAGUAGAAUGACUGUAUACUCAUACAAUGUUACAAGAAUGUAG